CACCAGGGCUUCUAGGCUCGUCAUCAAUCUCGAAAAAUACCCCCAACUAAAUCUUCUAAUUCCCUACAUUCGACUCAUAAAACGGGAGCAAAAGCUCGAGGGGCAUUUCAGUCAUUAGGUUCAUAACGCGUGGCUAUUUAAGGAAUCGUGCCGCCGGCCCCGGAUCGAGGGCUUCUUCCUUUCGGAAUCGGUCAUCUCGCCGUCUUUGUUAGGGAGGAGAGGAAACCCUAACCCUAGAUCGAUUUAUCCGAGGCAUUCUUGAGAGAAAUGGCGACGUUCGCGGAGGCUCCGCCCGGCAAUCAGAAAUCCGGGGAGAAGAUCUUCAAGAUGAAGUGCGCUCAGUGCCACACCGUGGAGAAAGGAGCCGGUCACAAGCAAGGUCCUAACUUGAAUGGUCUUUUUGGGAGGCAAUCCGGUACCACCCCCGGUUAUUCUUACUCUACUGCGAACAAGAACAUGGCUGUGAUAUGGGAGGAAUCAACUUUAUAUGACUACCUACUUAAUCCUAAGAAGUAUAUUCCUGGUACAAAGAUGGUUUUCCCUGGUCUGAAGAAGCCUCAAGAGCGUGCAGAUCUGAUUGCUUAUCUCAAGGAAUCCACAUCAUCAUAAAUCAUGUUUGGGUGGGAAAUCUAUUGGCUAAUAAAAUAUCUGAUAUCCAAUCCGAGCGGGAAAGCCAGGGAUAUGGUAUAUUUUUGUUUGGGGUUACUAUUAUUUGUGCCUCUUGCCGAGGCAUUGUUUUGUGCAAGAUGUACUCGUGCAGUACCUUUGUAAUAACAUUCUCAGCAAUAUCUUAAACAAUUUUUUGGUCGCCC